AUGCUCGGACUCUUACCUUUUGGCCUUCUGGCCAUUGCCGGUUUCGCAACAGCCCGCGAUCCCACAGUUUAUUUUAUCCGACACGGCGAGAAACCUGAUGACGGAGGAAAUGGGUUGAACGCAAAUGGGCUCAAGCGUGCCGAAUGCCUUCGCAAUGUUUUCGGCAAGGACUCAGAAUACAAUAUCACUCACAUCAUGGCGCAAACCCCUAAGAGCAAUGGCAAACGAGCCCGUCCCCGCGACACCGUUAAGCCACUGGCGGAUGAUCUUGGCCUCGAGGUCGAUACCUCUUGCGAUCGGGAUGACCCUGACUGUGUUAAGCAGGUCAUUGAGUCAUUUGACUCAAAGGGCGAGGUCAAUAUCCUGAUUUGCUGGGAGCAUGAUACAAUCACCGAUAUUUUGGAGACACUGGGAGUCAAAGAUGCACCCCAUUAUCCAGAUGAUAGUUUCGAUCUCAUUUGGACCGUCCCAUCCCCUUACGAUGAGAUCACUGAUGAGACCAGCGAGCAAUGCCCCGGGCUGGAUACUGUGCGCACAUGCUGA